GCUUUUUGAAAAUUGAUUGCUUCUCCGAGCCAUCAGAGUAGCCUAGCUCUUAUCGAAAGCUGCGUGUUUAUCAAAGUAAACGAGAGAUUACACCAGAAAAUUCAACACCGCGCGAUAGCCCGUAUCUCUUUGGCGUUGGUCUAGUUGACAGUCAAUAGUCUUUUAUCGACUGUCAGAGCGAGCGUAAUCAAGGAUAAGACCACGACUUCGACUCAGUAAUGAGCGGUUUCUCAGUGAUGUAGUAGCGUGGGCCGAUUUGCACACGUUUGAGAGGGUCACUUAAUUAAGAGAAUGACUCGCGAAGCCGAGAAAUCCGAGGCCUCGGCGAUAGUCUCCUCUCUUCACGAGCAUCACUCGCCGGAAGCCGUCAUCAUUAAGGGCUUCUUCGCCAAGAACCAAGCGCGCAUCACCGACGCCGAAAUCCAGCUGAUGGAUGAGUCUUGGGAAAAGUUCGUCUCCGAAGCUCCAAGCUUGGUCACCAUCCACAAGGCCAGCAACCAGAUCGUCGGUGCCAUCGUCCUCAUGCCUGUCGAGAACUCACACGGAAGUGGAUCUGGUCAACAGGUUUCCGCAAGCCAAGAGGACCAUGAAGCUUCAGAGCAUGGCAGUUCACAAGGAUCACAGGGGCAAGAAAUUAGCCAAACGGCGAAGAAGGCUGCCCUGGGGUCUGGAUUUUCCAAGGUCAUGGACUACGACAUGCACUCGGUCAAGGACACAGACGGUUCGUGUGCUUUCGCGGAUCUCAGUCCGAACAACGUUACUUCGAUCAUGGCGUUGGAGAUAAGGUAGCCGAGAUUUUGAUUUGGUGCUGUAAAUCGUUUCGACCUCUGUAUUUUACAAUAAAAAGCAGAACCAAAAUUUCGUC